UUGUUUAUUUUUUAUUUUUUUAUUAACCAAAAGACUAAACAAGACACCGGAUAAACAUUACAAGGUAAAAGCGAACGACUAAUUUGCUUGUCGGUUCUUUUCGAAAAUCUCUAGGUGCCCCGCGCCUGACUUACCACCUCUCUACGAAGUUCUAGAAAGUAGAAACCAACCUUCUAUCAACUUCUCAAAUCUUCCGCACAAAAACCUAGUCCUUUUUAAUACCACAUCCUAUACCUUUUUUCGCAUUUUCCUUCCAUAAUUCUACUUCAGAUUAGUAUCAUUUAUCUCUCGCACAGGGCAAAUGAGUCAAGAACAAGUAUACACUGUGGCAUCUGAUAGCGAUACGACUGGGGACGAAAGAUCAUCAGCCCCUUUUCCGGAAAUUGCAAUUGGAAUCGAUAUCGGUACCUCUCAAUGUAGUCUUGCAGUUUGGAACGGUUCUCAGGUAGAACUUAUCAGGAAUACAAGAAACCAAAAACUGAUGAAAUCAUAUGUGACCUUCAGAGACGAAUCCCCCGUAGGUGGAGUCAGUGAUCAACUAUCUCAUGAAUAUGAAAUGUUAUCAGGGUCUUCUGUUUUCAACAUGAAACGCUUAAUUGGUCGAAUCGACACCGACCCCAUUGUCUCUCAAGCUAGCAAGACUUUACCUUUUCUCAUCCAAACUUUGGGAAUCGGUGUAAAACCAUUCAUUGCAGCAUUGGUAAACAACAUGUGGAGAUCAACCACCCCAGAAGAAGUCCUUGCCAUAUAUCUUGUAGAACUAAAAGCUUUAGCAGAAGUUGGGGUGAAAAGACCGGUGAGAAACGUUGUGUUAACUGUUCCCGCUGCAUUUAGUCGGUUUCAGUUAACAAGAAUCAGUCGGGCCUGUGCCAUGGCUGGUCUCCAUGUUGUUCGAUUGAUGCCUGAACCAGCUGCAGUUGCUUUGUUAUAUGCCCAACAGCAGCAGCUGUCUGUACAUGAUAGUGGUAGUGAAAAGGUUGCUCUGAUAUUCAACAUGGGUGCGGGGUAUUCGGAUGUGGCUAUAAUUGUGACAGCUGGCGGAGUGUCGCAAAUGAAGGGCUUGGCGGGUAGCACCGUAGGAGGGGAGGACUUGCUUCAAAAUACGAUGCACUAUCUUUUACCCAAUAUGGAGAAUCUGUUUCCGAAUAAAAUAAAAUCAAUGGGCGUUCUUCGAGUCGCAGCACAGGAUGCAAUCCACAAGCUGUCAUCUCAAUCCAAAGUCCAAAUAGAUAUUGACCUUGGAAACGGAAUAAAAAUAUGCAAAAUCAUUGAUUUGGAGGAGUUUGAAGAAGCCAACAAAGAGGUUUUUGAAAAAUGUGCUUCUUUGGUUACACGUUGUUUGCAGGACUCAAAGGUGAACGUAGAACAUAUCGAUGAUGUGAUUCUUGUUGGCGGGUGUACCAAUAUCCCAAAAGUGAAGAACAUGGUGAUGGGUAUCUGUAAAAAAAACAAAAUCUACCCGGGUAUCAACCCGUUGGAAGCUGCGGUUCGUGGGGCGGCACUGGAAGGAGCACUGGCGGCUGGUGUCAAUGAUCCUCUCGGGAGUUUAGAUCUUCUAACCAUUCAAGUGAACGCACACAGCAUUGGGAUCCGAGCCAAUAGGGACAGUUUUGUACCUAUUAUAGCUCGGAACACCACUAUGCCCGCCAGGAGGGAGGUGGUUUUUACUACCGCCCAUGACCACCAGACUGAGGCCUUGAUUGUGGUGUAUGAGGGUGAUGAGGAGGUGGUGGAAAAGAACUACCUGUUGGGGUAUUUUAAGGUUGUAGGGAUACCUUUGGCUCCCAGAGGGAAACCUGAAAUUAAUGUGUGUAUGGACAUUGAUGCUUCGAAUUUGCUGAGAGUCAUGGUUGGGGUUUUAAUGCCGGGAGAACAGAAUCCGGUGGUUCCGCCACUUGAAGUGAGAAUGCCGACUGCUGAUGAUGGAAAUGGGUUGACUGCGGAUGUUCUCAACAGAUCAUUUGGGUCUACUUUGGACCUGGUAACCCUUCACAACAAAAUGUCCCGGUGAUCGAUUAUACUAAUUGCAGUUGUUUGUGUCAUUUUUGCUUUUAUCUGUUGCUCUUGUUGGUGUACAAUGUUUGUGUAAUAAUAUAUAAACCUUAGUUAGUAAGUUAGUAAGGUAUAUAUGGUUAAUCAUAAUGUAACUGCUGCUUAAUAUGAUUACAUGUUUAGUUAACGUUAUGUAACUAAUUAAUGAUGUUUCAAGUUCAUGAAA